GCCACUGGACUUGGAGGAGCGCGCGCGUGCACGAGUGCCUCGGUGCGCGGUCACGCGGUCGUCCUGCUGUCACGAGCUUUAUCCAGGCAGCGGGGUGAAGGCUUGGGAGAAUUUACAACGGGUACAAAAAUUACACCAUCUGUCCUAUUCCGCCCAUUUUUUUUUUUUGGCGCCCACACGCUAAAAGAGAGCACGGUCGUACUUUCACACCGCCGGUUGGCAAACUAAACCGAUACUGACGACGGCGUAGUUUCGGUCAAGCUGGGAUGUAUUGCAGUAUUUGAACGCUACUUGCUAGCCCGCUAGCCAGCUAGCCGUCGAGCUAGCUGUACGCUGCGUGCUAACUUAACGGUGCGCUCAUUUCCUCAACGUUUCUUCGCCUAACAUUACCCAAAACUAAUUCAACACAUUAUGUUGUUUUAACGACAGUUAACUUCCGUUGCCGUGUGUCGUUUUUUUAAAUCGUCGCCCGAGAAGGAUUGAAUGAAAUAGCUUGACAUAGCCUGCGGAAAGGAGACAGUUAACGGGGAUAAGGUUUUAUUUACCGAUCACCGCCGCUAAGACCUUGUGGAGACAUCCAACAAUUGUUGCUAAAUACACAUUCUUUUUUUGUUUGUUUUUGGGUGCGAUUAGUAGUGCUAAAUAGCUAGCUUGCCUUCACGCUCCAAGUCCACUCCAUCGAAGAAGAAGCUGACCAGCAGCGGUUCGUUUUCCACCUUUUAGGCCGGACAGAAACCUGCAAAAAUGCCGGCUGUGUCGAAAGGAGAUGGAAUGCGAGGAUUAGCUGUUUUUAUUUCGGACAUCAGGAAUUGUAAAAGCAAGGAAGCGGAGAUCAAACGGAUCAAUAAAGAGCUGGCCAACAUUCGCUCCAAAUUCAAAGGGGACAAGGCUCUUGAUGGCUACAGCAAGAAGAAAUAUGUCUGCAAGUUGCUGUUUAUCUUCUUGCUUGGCCAUGAUAUUGACUUUGGACACAUGGAGGCGGUCAACCUGCUGAGUUCCAACAAGUACACAGAAAAGCAGAUUGGAUAUCUCUUCAUCUCAGUGCUGGUCAACAGCAACAGUGAGCUCAUCCGUCUGAUUAACAACGCCAUCAAAAAUGACCUGUCCAGCCGCAACCCCACUUUCAUGUGCCUGGCUCUUCACUGCAUUGCCAACGUUGGCAGCCGUGAGAUGGCGGAGGCCUUCGCCAGUGAAAUCCCGCGCAUCUUGGUUGCUGGUGAUACCAUGGAUAGUGUGAAGCAGUCAGCUGCUCUCUGUCUGCUGCGCCUCUAUAAGACAUCCCCUGACUUGGUGCUGAUGGGGGAGUGGACAUCCCGCGUGGUGCACCUUCUCAAUGACCAACAUAUGGGAGUGGUGACGGCAGCCAUCUCACUUAUCACUUGUUUGAGCCAGAAGAAUCCAGAUGAGUUCAAGACCUGUGUUUCCCUGGCAGUGUCUCGACUCAGCAGAAUUGUGUCAUCAGCCUCCACCGACCUGCAGGACUACACCUACUACUUUGUUCCAGCACCAUGGCUCUCUUGCAAGCUUCUGCGUCUUCUGCAAUGCUAUCCUCCACCUGAAGAUGGAGCUGUAAAGGGUCGUCUGGUGGAGUGUCUAGAAACCAUCCUCAACAAGGCCCAGGAACCACCCAAGUCAAAGAAAGUGCAGCAUUCUAAUGCUAAGAAUGCUAUCCUUUUUGAGGCUAUUUCUCUUAUCAUCCACUACGACAGUGAGCCCAAUCUGCUUGUGCGAGCCUGUAAUCAGCUGGGCCAGUUCCUGCAGCACAGAGAGACUAACCUGCGCUACCUGGCUCUGGAAAGCAUGUGUACAUUGGCCAGUUCUGAGUUUUCACAUGAAGCAGUCAAGACGCACAUUGAGACGGUCAUAAAUGCCCUAAAGACGGAGAGAGAUGUUAGUGUUCGACAGAGAGCGGCAGAUCUGCUGUAUGCCAUGUGUGAUCGCAGCAAUGCCAAGCAGAUCGUAGCUGAGAUGCUCAGUUACCUUGAGACAGCAGACUACUCCAUCAGAGAGGAGAUGGUGCUCAAAGUAGCCAUACUGGCUGAGAAGUACGCUGUCGAUUACUCGUGGUACGUUGACACCAUUCUCAACCUCAUCCGUAUUGCUGGCGACUAUGUCAGCGAAGAGGUCUGGUACCGUGUCAUCCAGAUUGUCAUUAACCGCGAUGAUGUCCAAGGCUAUGCUGCUAAGACGGUCUUUGAGGCCCUGCAGGCCCCUGCCUGUCAUGAAAACAUGGUGAAGGUUGGAGGAUACAUUCUUGGAGAAUUUGGUAAUCUCAUUGCUGGUGACCCCCGUUCCAGCCCCUUGGUCCAGUUCAACCUCCUUCACUCUAAGUUCCAUUUGUGCUCCGUCCCGACUCGUGCUCUGCUGCUGUCGGCCUACAUCAAAUUCAUCAACUUGUUCCCAGAGACCAAGACUACAAUCCAGGAGGUUCUGCGCUGCGACAGCCAGAUUCGUAACUCUGAUGUAGAACUGCAGCAGCGUGCUGUGGAGUAUUUGAAGCUCUCUUCUAUUGCCAGCACCGAUGUCUUGGCCACCGUUUUGGAGGAAAUGCCUCCUUUCCCCGAGAGAGAAUCUUCAAUCUUGGCUAAGCUGAAGAAGAAGAAGGGUCCUGGUGCAGUGUCCGUGACAGACCUUGAAGACAACAAACGGGAAGGCGGGGAGCUGAAUGGUGGCGGUGAACGGGGCCCCGACACAACAGCAAUGGCUUCCUCCAAUGCUUCCACCCCAUCACCAUCAGCAGACCUCCUCGGCAUUCGUUCUGGACCUCCUGUUGGCACGGCUCCAACCAGCGUCGGUAGCCUACUGGUGGAUGUCUUCUCUGAAGCAGGGCCCGCUGCACCUUCUGCUGCAGUGAAUGACGAUGGUUUCCUAAGAGAUCUGGAACAGCCCACCGAGACCUCUGACUCCCUAUUGGUGGAGGGUUCUGGUGACUCGGACUCUGCUCCUCCCUCUGAGGAUCCUGCUCCCCCUAUGUCUGAGGCUGAUGAACUUCUUAACAAGUUUGUGUGCAAGAACAAUGGAGUUCUGUUUGAAAAUCAGCUUCUACAGAUUGGCAUCAAGUCCGAAUAUCGUCAAAAUCUCGGGAGAAUGUAUUUAUUCUAUGGGAACAAGACAUCGGUGCAAUUCGCCAGCUUUACCACCACAGUCAGCUGUCCAGGAGAGCUCCAGCCACAGCUCAAUGUUCAGACCAAACCAGUGGAGCCACUGGUAGAGGGAGGAGCCCAAAUCCAGCAGGUCCUCAACAUAGAGUGUCUGACUGACUUUUCUGAGGCUCCACUGCUCAACAUCAAGUUCAGAUACGGAGGAGCUCUGCAAAACUUGACCCUCAAGCUCCCCGUCACCAUCAACAAAUUCUUCCAGCCCACUGAAAUGUCCUCAAAUGAUUUCUUCCAGCGUUGGAAACAGCUGAGCCUGCCUCAACAAGAAGCACAAAAGAUAUUCAAAGCCAACCACAGCAUGGACACAGAAGUACUUAAGGCCAAGCUACUAGGACUUGGAGCGGCCCUGCUGGACAAUGUCGAUCCAAACCCAGAGAACUACGUGUCUGCUGGAGUGAUCCAGACCAAGGGCCAGCAGGUUGGCUGUCUGCUAAGACUGGAGCCUAAUGCCCAGGCACAGAUGUACCGACUGACUUUGCGCUCUAGCAAGGACUCCGUGUCAAAGCGCCUCUGUGAGCUGCUGGCCCUGCAGUUCUAGACUUGCGAGAGCUCCAGAACUUUAUCAAGACCAUUUCCUCCCAGCUAUCUCUCCCCUGUCCUUUCUUCCCACACAGCAAAAGAUUCUUUAAAAAGCAAAACACACAAAAAAACCCCCAACUACCUACAUAAGGGAAAGACAGCCACUGUUAGCAGCAGUGGCCAUAUUAUUGUCAUUAUUCUAAUUCAUCUUCGAUUUGUUUAUUAACAUCAUCCUACAUUAUUUUUGUUUUGUGGCGUGUAGCAGCCGGGCGCGUGCGUGUGUGCGACUGUGUGUCCGUGUGCGCGCAUUCGUACGUGCGUGCGUGCGUGCGUGCGUGCGCGUGUGCGUGUGUGUUCGUGCGCGUGUUCGUGCGUGCGUUCGUUCGUUUGUGCGUGCUUGUGUGUGUGCGUGUGUGUGUGCAUGUGUCUGCUUUAUCCCGGCUGCUGUGUAUUACUGAUGCUUUGUGUACAGUGUGUGUGUGUGUGUAUGGGUGGAUGUUUAAGUUGGUGUUGAUGAAAUGGGAGGAUAGUAUUCAUCAUAGACAUUUAUAUUCUCCCACGCCCUUGACACACACAGUUCCUUGAAUGAAGACCCAAAGGUCCUACUGUCGGUCCAUUUCAAACAUUCCCCGUGAUCAUCGGCCAGUAAAAAUGCACCUAAGGGUUUUUGGGACGAUCCCCCCCCCGCCCGCCCCCGAUUCCUCCGCUCUACGUUUCAGUCAAUCGAUGGUUUGUUUGGUAUCGACGUGUCUGUAAAUAAGUGUUCACUCGACUGCAAUCAUUCCCGUCAAUCCCAGCGAAUGGGAAGUAAGGUUUUCGGAGAGUUCGGACCGCUCUUAUCCACCGCUCUGCUGUGUGAACCCAAACAGCCAUUUUUUAAGCUGAUGUCUUUUUGAGACACGUCAACAAGCGUCUUGCUUUCGUUUUUUUUUUUUAAAAAGACACAACGCUUACGAGUUGAAAACGUCGCCCUUACCUAGCAGUAAUGGCCAGAUCCCGUAUAUUAGCGCCGCUUGCCGCGUCGUGUUCAGGAGGAAAUGUUGGCGAUGUUCUCCGCCACAAUAAAAGCAGCAUAAACACUUCACCCGACGUUCGGCAAGGACCUUUUUUGGGGGGGGCUUCCUCUUGCACACAGCAGCAGUAGUGAUAUAGCGGAAGAGUCGUCAUUGUAAUUACAGAGGACUUCUAUAUAAAAGUGUGUGACUGUGAGCAGGUAAUACAAAAGAAGAGACAUUGUCACCAAACAUUGUAGUGGAAAGCUUUUUUUUUGUGUGUGUGUGUGUCAUUCUGUGAGUGUGUGUGCGUGCGUUAUCCACUGGCUAAUGCAGCCUCAUGUAUUUGAUGUUUAAAAGAAAAUGUCCAAUACCUGUGUUAGAAUUAAGAUUUACUCUGUAAUGAAAAAAAUGUGAAAGUAAAACUAUGCCAUAUAUCCGA